AUGCUUGCUGACGAUGAUCCAGGUAUAUCCGUGGUGCUGAAGGAGGAGGCGACGCGGAUACGGCAAGCGGAGGACAGGGAGCUGAAGAGGCAGAAGAAGAAGGUCUGGGUACCAUUGCCUGAUAGACCCGUUACGGCGCAGAGGCAAUAUCCUUUGUGGUAA